AUGAACAGCUCACUUUUUCUGUCUCUACCCGUGGAGAUACGAGAUCACAUAUACAGCUAUGUUUUCCUCGGCCUCGGUCCAACUCGUCACAAGCUUGCCCGCUGUGGACCAGCAUACUACAUUCACGACUUUUGUUUAAGACCCUCACCAGCCGCCCAGAAGAUGAGAUAUCCGGAUAUUCUGGCCAUAACAGCACGCGACCACCCUCUACUGAACACCUGCCAUCAAAUCUCGAAUGAAGGCUUCGAUGUAUUUUUGAGCAACAACGAGUUUGUGCAAGAUAUACUUGUCACCAGCCUAACCGCCUCGGCAUGCAAGUUCGUGAGUUUGUUCAUCAAAGGCAUCGGAGAUAGGGUUCAUCUCGUCCGGAGAAUGGGUCUCGCAAUUGAGGAACCCGAUGGAGAUUUACUCGCAAAACUCAUGGACUGGCUGAUCAUGGUCGCCAACGCCGAACGGAUACGGACUGGUGUCAUGAUCCUUAGAGUGAAGCUCAAGCGACCGACGAAGGGUCCUCCGCUUUUCUCGCCUAUGGGAGAGUCCUGGACUAUUGCGCCGAAAGACGAAGAUGUGAUGAUCAUGAAUAUCGUCGUUGGCGACGAGCGAGCCUCAUGGGCAGAAUUUGAGAAGAGCAAGGAACUUGACUGGGAAGGCCGUCAACGAGGAACCGAUAGAGUGCUUGACUCAUGUCGUGUCGCGGGAAUGGAAAGUGUAAAAGACCGUGAAAAGGCAUGGCGAGAAGAGAGAAGAGUUUGGUGGGAAGAGACCUGGCAAGCAAUGCGCGAGAAGUACAAAGGUUGGUUGGAAGUGAUGGACGACUUGAAGCCCAGACCAAAGGUUUUCGUAGGUUGUGGAGAGGACGAGCUAGGACUUCGGAGGUCGAAACAAUCGUUUAGCCAGGCGACCUGA